UUGGCCAAUUAUUACACAUUUAUGAACAAUUUUUCAGCUUCAUGUUUAUCAGAAAGCUCUAUAUUGUAGGUCAGUUAUCGAGCAGGCAGUCACGGAUGUAUUGGGCAAUGAGCUCUGUCAGAUUGCCAUAAGAAUUGCGCAGUUUUUUGAGCAGCAGAAACAACAGAUUCUGAUCACCACGCCUGCACCGCAGUCUACAGCUUCUCCUACACCAACGCCUACCCAUUUAUUACAGUUUGGCGCACCACGUCAUCGGCUACCUGAGAGUAAGCCAACUACUGCAAACGAAAAUGCAUUUUACGAAGCAUCUGAUGAAGAGCAGGAGGACAACGGCGAUUUGGCGGCAAAAUUUGCAGCUGAUCUGUGUGCCGAUGACCGAGUUGACGUACCAGUACCGGUCACUGGCGAUCCAGUUUUUCUGCGCACAAAACGAGAACUGUACUUCCAAACCACGGCGAAAACACAGCGUUUCAAUCCGUUAAUCAAAGAAGGCUUAUGGGCGCCGGAUUUAACACUUAUGCUUGCACCGAAAUUUUCUGCCGAGGUUGCUCUUUCCAAAAAAUUUAAUCCAGUUCUCAUACACCAUUACUUCAUUGCACUUCUAUGAAA